CCAAAUUUCCGGCAAAACGGCAGGGGGCCUUUCUCUGACCUCAAUUCUCGUCACUGCGGUGUUUUCAUCUGUGGAAUCGCCGUUCGUAGCUUCCAGAUCUCCUCCCGCUGUUUUGCCUGGUGUGCCACGUGGUCCUAUACAGUCACGGUUGCAUUCGCGUGACGGAUCGCCAUGUUGAGAGACGACAGGUUUCAAUAGCUUGGUUGUUUUCCUAAACUUUACAAGGGAAUGUGGUGCUGCCGCGAGACUUCCACGUCGUUCAUAGUCUUCCGUUUUUUCCCGCUGUUGUCCCGUCAACCGUUUGCUAUGGAGGCGUCGCGAGCAUUCAAACGAGAGCAUUUAUGCGCCCGUCAGUCGCUGCGUAGUUUCUUCUAACCCUUCCACUGGCGACCAAGCGUCUCAGCUCCGCAAGACCCGGAUAACGCCCUUUUCCGAUUGCAAAUCAUCUGGAGAUUCUGCUUUUCUGAAACACUACUUAGCAGGGACCAGAAAGGCACUCCCGGGCUCCUUGGCGGCUGCUUCACGAUAGACUAUGGCUGUAAAACGCCCUUCGUGCUGGUAUUCAGAGAUGGCUGAGCCAGUAGAAGUAACGCAUUUACGGUAAACCUCCUGAAUUUCUAAGGCUUGCUGUCAGUGGACUCGUCUAACGAGUUUCUCCUUUUAUUCGUGCAGGUGUCCCAGGAUCGGUCUUUUGCAGGUUUUUUUCCAGUGUGAAAUUCCAUCAUAUCUGUUUUCACAUCUUUUCUGAUCUUUCUCUGCGACCCCCCCACCAUUCCUUCUCACUCCCUUUCAUCUGCGGCAAACGUGCAUAGCCAGUGGGUCGAGAAACUGACGAAUGUAGCACCGUGUCCCCGUAGUAGAGUUUGAACCUUUACCGUUUUCUUGAAAAGACUCAUCAGGAUGGAGGUUUCAAGAAGUCACCGGUGGCCUCUUGGCUCUUCACCACACUCUUCAUCUCCCGCUCUCUGUUGGUCGUGCGUUUCGCGUUUCUCGCGCUCCAUCUGCAGGAGAGGCGGCCGGUUUCCCCCUCUCUAUUUCUCCCGUUCUUCCUUCCUUCUUCGCGUUCUUCCCCUUGUAUUAUACUCCCUGGUCUCAGGUCCGUCCCCUGUUUCUCUCUCUUUCUCUCCAUCUGCCUUUUCCUGUUUCUCGCCUCCGUUCCCUCUCACUGUCGCCGCUGAGAGCCCCUCGGAUGCCGCUGGCGACGCUUCGUCUUCGUUGCCCGACGGCGAGCCUCUUGACUCAACGAGUGAGACUGCGGCGAGCGAGUCGGAAAAACGUUCAGAGGACAAAACGCAGCUCACGGAAGAGCAGAUGAAGGAGAAAGCAAGAAAAGCGGCCGAAGCGGCUGCAGCUGCUACCGCGAAGGCGCUGGAACUCGGCGUCUCUGUGCCGCCUCUGGUCACGGCGUCGGCGGGCGGAUCUGAUAUUCUUUCGACGCACUCGGCAGCAUCCGACGCCGCUGACGCAGCUGACCGCACAGCAUCUGGUUUUGCUGCGGAUCCUGACAAAUCCGCAGUCGUGAGAGCGGACGACAUGCGUUAUCAGAGCAAUCCAGAAAACUCAACGGACGGAGAGCACGCAAGCUCCGAAGAGGAGGAAAAACCGAUUCCUGUCGAUGGGGGAGACUGCAUCAUCUUUGCUGCGGAAGAAGGCGACAGAGACAGCUGCUCUUGCCCAGAGGGGUUCGUUCUGUGCAACUGGCAAGAUGUCCAGAUGAUUCAGAGGCGCCUCGCACGCAUCGAGAGGGCAGCCAGAGCUGCGGCAGUUCGUGUGCUUCUUCUGCAUCUGGACAAAUUGCCAGCAGAGGAACUGGAAACGGCUCCAGCCUCCAGGUCCCCUUCCGCAAAGGAGAGCAACUCUGCGUCUGAAGCCGACGCCAAAGUGGGCGGCGAACUACGGGGAAGCUCGAGCGCUUCUGGAGACCAAGCGACGGACGACUCGCGAAAAGAGGAAGGCGCGACAGACGAGGCGGAGACGCGUCUCGAGGCGAUGCUGCCGACGGACUUGGCCGAGUUCGUGAAACAGACUGCAAAGGCAGCCAUGAGCCUCCAUGCGCCGGGCUGGGUAAAAACUUUGUGUGACGACGACGCGAGAACAGGAUUCAAAUCCUACGGAGUCCAGAUCGAUUACGAAGUCGAAGCGAUCUGCAAGGAUGAAGGAACGAAGGAUGCGCCUGCUGUCGACUUCAUCUACGAGCUCAACACCUACGUGCCUCUUUCUCGUCUUCGCAAGCUCCAGGAGAAGGACAGCAGCUGGACGCCUCGGCACUGCUUAGUUGCAGACUUCUACUUGUGCAAGCGGCUCCCUCACAAGAGGAAGAAAGUGAACUGCGAGAUGUCCGGCUGGAGUGAGUGGUCGCCGGAGUGCGUCAACGGGACGCAAAUGCGGAAAAACCGAAUUACUCGGAGCGGACAGCAUGGCGGCCGCGCGUGCGUCUGGGACGGGAAGCAACCUGUCCACGCGGAGGUGACGGAGCUCCGAUCUUGCAAUCAGCCUUCGUCUUAAAAAAGCCUUCAGAAUGGUUCUCUGCUUGGCACUUCCCUAGGGCCCCUCGUUUUCUUUUAAAUCGGGAUACUGCGUACAUGUCGUCCACAGAUGCGCGCGCGUAGGAAGCACGUGCACAUGUAUUCUGUCUUCAGGGCGUAUCAGACACAUUCAUGCAUGCAUAUAUAGUUAUAUAUAUUUAUAUAUUUAUAUACAUAUAUAUAUAUAUAUAUAUACAUAUUUAUAUGCACAUGUAUAUAUGUAUGUAUAUAUGUAUAUAUUUACAUAAAUGUGUGCGAUGUAUGUAUCGCGCGUGUGUAUCUGGGAUGUAUAAACUCUUUGGUGUAUAUGUUUUCCGGUCUUUUUAUAUGUGCCUGUGCCCGCAUGCACGGCUCGAUUCAUGUUUGUGGCUGGGUGGCCUCGGAGACGACGCAUUUUCUUCUUUUUUCUUUCGGAGAGAAAAGGCAGCCGGGCUCGGCUGCCUUUUCUCUCCUGAUUUUUCCGCCGGAGAAGACCGUGUCGUUUCGCACACCCGAUUUGUAGAGAGCAGACCGGAGUUCCCGGGAAGGGGAGUUUUGUGUCGCUGUGCUCCUUCGCUGUCUGCUCGUAUAUGUGCCCCCAAGCAUCCGGAAAAACGUUCAACGGACACAGACGCGAAAGUCGAGUUCUACUCUGUUUAGGCGUCUCGUUGCCAGUGUCCAAUCGCUUCGUGUGAAGUGCUCUGGAUCUGUUCCGUCCUGCCCAAGAAGCCGUCUGUAAAGGAGACCGUUAAUUCAUCAGUCAAGGGUGGUAGACAUUCAGCAUGCAUCAAGAGAAAAAGAAAAAAGAUACAACGGCAACUGGAAUCCCGGCACCUGUACUUGCAGGGUCGCGAGAACCUCUGAAACGGACUUCUUUCACUGCCUGGCUCUCGUGAUGUUCCUGUGCUUCUGCUGGGUGUUCGAGUUCCCGCGUUCUCUUUCCUCUUUUCUCUGUUCUCUCUUGCUUGCGGCCUGAAAAAAAUGUCGAUGGCUGGUGUCCGCGCCCCCUUCAACUCGUCAGCCAUUCACACACGACUGAACCGCCAGGCGUUUUUCAACUGCGCGGCAACUUGAGUACGCGGGAGACCGGAGAAAGAAAAGUAGUGAGGGAAAGAGAGAAGAGCAGGCGUCGGAAACGCUUCUCACGCGUUUGGACAAGAACGACACAAACACACAACAGGCCCUCAUCGGUUCAGAUGAACGCGCCUUCUUCAGCUUGCCCGUAUGGAUCUACACGCAGGAGACGGAAGAAAACAUCUGUUCGUUCUCCCAGUGACUCUCAGUCAGGAUCUAACCGUGGUCGGCACACACAACGGAAACGCAAUUCAAAGGGAAAGCCGGGACAACGAAUUCACAGCGGACACCCGAUGCAUCACUCGAACACCAUGUAUGUAUUCAACAAUAGUCCGGACAACAUGGGAUUCGUCUUUGGCAUAACGUCAAUAUACAUGAAUCUCAACCGAUACUGUCGGGUACAAGCGAAUAGCAAAUACGCCCUGUAAGAAGUAGUCACCUGCGUUAAGAGCGACGAAAGCGGGAGUUCGACACUCGAACUGUACUUCCCCAAAGACAAGAAGAUUGUAAAUGAGAUGUUUCUUUUUUAAUGUGCGGUGCGGUGGAACGUCAGGGAGUCUCUACUCUCACGUAUCGCGGGAAAUCGCGUUGAGUCUUGGGGAGGCGGCUCCCGGACCUCCAAUGUAGAUUGGUGCUAAGAAGUUAGGUCCAGAAACGUUAGAGACUUAGACCGGCGCUGGAGCACUGUGCGGUUCACUGGCUGGUCCACAAAGACAAAAACUGUCCACCGGCCAAGAGGUAGAACGCAAGAAAUCCUGUCUUUUUGUCCAAUGAGACCAAGAAGCGACACACCUCAACGGUGCCAUUGCCAAGUCUGCUUCUUUCAUAAAGCGUCUGAAACGACUCUGCAGAAGACGGUCAAGCUGAAUAAAUGUCAAAACGGUGCAGAAUGGAAAACGGAGAAAACGGAGCUUUGGAAAAGGACGAACACACAUUUUCCUCGACUUGCCAGAACGGCCAAAGCAAGCGAAAAGAAGAAGCAACAAAGCAAACGGGAACAAAGACAAAGCCACAAAGAGACUAUAGAAACAGAGAGCGAAACUAGGAAACAAAGACAAAGACCAGACGGAGACAAGGAGCUAAACCGAAACAAGGGGGAAAGAACGGCAAAUGACGCGCUCGUGAAGGAGCUCGAGUGAAGCGCACACUCCCAAAACGAAGGCGGCGCCUGCCGGGAAAACGAAAAGAGGCGCAUGCACGGAAAAAGAAGGAAACUGCCUGCAGAAGCAUACACGCGACACAGCAGCCACGAGGGGACGGUCUCUUCCCCGGGCGGAAGAACGUCUGGAGAAAAGAAAGGAGAAGCGCUUCGACAGAUGCAACCUUCGUUCUCUAGUCGAGAACGAAGGAGAGGUUCGUUGAAGGACUUUCAAGAAAGAGGAACGAAUCGCACAGCUCCAGAAGGCGAGGCGCUUCCAGCGCUCAGCAUUGCCGCAGUUUUUCCUGAAGCCGCUCUGCGACAGAGGAAGCAUGGAACGCACAGGAGAGAGAAAAGGGUGAAGAGCGAAGAGAAAGGUGACAGCUAGGAGAUGAAGACGAAGAAAGAAAACAAAUGAAAACACUGAGAGGAGCACCGAACGCUCGCAGCAAGAAGAAA